AUGUACACUACCUCGCGUUUUGCUGCACCCCCUGCCGCGCCUCUGGUCCAGACCAACGGGGUCGCCAAUACCAACACCACCACUGUUCCCCAGGCGCAAUAUGUCUGGGACAAGGACCCAGACCUUGAUGAUAUUCUCCAUAAUCCCGAUCCCAUCAUGGACGCUAGAAUGGACCGAUCUUGCUCUCCUUUCUCCUCGCGCGGCUGGGAGAAUGCGAGCGCACUUGUGGUCAUCCUUGUGGGGCUGAUCACUCUAUUCGCUGGUUUCCCCAUCGUCACGUACUACACCCGCACAGUCAACACUGUAUCCGGAUUCAAUCUCGGCGGAAUCAAUUCCACUGGGCAGAUACCAGACCUUCCUGGGCUUCCAAGCCUCAUAGAUGCGGAUACUCCCACCAGUGCUUAUUCGCGUACAGGGCACGAUGGGAAGAAGUACAACUUGGUGUUCAGUGACGAGUUCAAUACUGAUGGUCGCACUUUCUAUCCUGGAGACGAUCCGUAUUGGGAGGCAGUUGACUUUAACUAUUGGCCCACAGGUGAUCUCGAGUGGUAUGAUCCGAGUGCCGCCAUCACGCGAGAUGGCAAGUUGGUGCUCACAAUGACGGAGGAAAACAUUCACAAUCUCAAUUUCAAGAGCGGUAUGGUUACCUCAUGGAACAAAUUAUGCUUCACUACUGGAUAUAUCGAAGUUUCGAUCAGCAUGCCUGGUAGUCCCAGGGCAGCGGGUUUAUGGCCCGGUGCAUGGACUAUGGGAAACUUGGGCCGCGCUGGCUACGGCGCCACGACGGAAGGAAUGUGGCCGUACAGCUACGAUUCCUGCGAUCUGGGCACAUUCCCGAAUCAAACAACGGCAUCGGGAGAACCAGCUGCCGCGGUCACCGGUGGAAACAAUGGCGCAUCAAUCAGCUAUCUCCCAGGCCAACGCCUCUCUGCAUGCACAUGCGAAGGAUCCGACCACCCAGGACCCACCUCCAGCACGGGGCGUGGUGUCCCCGAAAUUGAUAUCAUCGAACACCAAAUCGACACGACCAUUUGGCAAGGCCAAGUUUCGCAGAGUUACCAAAUUGCGCCGUUCAAUUAUCAGUAUUAUUUCGAUAAUUCGACCAGUGUGACGACUGUCUACGACGAUACAAAAACCAAGUUCAAUUCGUAUAGGGGAUCAAAUUUGCAGCAAGCGGUGUCGGCGCUGACGUACAUCGAUGAGACGUUGUAUAACGGGACUGGGUAUGGGGCAUACGGAUACGAGUGGUAUUCAAAUCCGGAUAAUCGCGAUGAGGGGUAUAUCACUUGGUACAGUGAUGGUGUGGAGUCGUGGACAAUCACACCUGGAACCAUCGGAGCUGAUUCCACUGUGGAGAUUAGCGAGCGGCUUAUUCCAGAGGAGCCAAUGUACAUCAUCCUUAACCUGGGCCUGUCCUUCUCGUUCCAGCCGCAGGAUUACAAACACUUGACCUUCCCGAGCUCAAUGUAUAUCGACUACGUGCGCGUGUAUCAACGUGCUGGGACGGAGAACGGGUUGACGUGUAACCCCCCAAAGAGACCUACGGCGGAUUAUAUUACCAAUCACGCGGAAGCUUAUACGAAUGCUAAUUGGACGACAUGGGAUGCGGCAGGGUACACGUUCCCCCGUAAUUCCCUUUACGACGGAUGUUAA